CCCUCCCCCACGCCACAAAACCCCCCAAACCCCAUUCCCACCUCCCCCUCCCGCCGCCGCCGCCAUGAAGGGGCCCGUGGAGAUCACCCUGACGAGGGACAUCCCGUCCAACCGCCGCUGCUGGUGGAGGCGCGACGACGACCUCCUCGACGACGGCGACGUCGGCGUCCUCCGGAUCGGCCGCGGCCUGGCCGCCGUCGAGACCACCUUCUCCCACAGCGACGAGGUCACCAAGCGCUGGCUCGCCGAGGCCUCCGCCGCCGCCCCAACGACCACGGCAACCCGAUCCGCUGCCUCGCGCUCUGCCUCGGCGGCUCACGCGCCCUCGUCUACAGCCCCGAAGCGCUCGGCUUCUACUGCAACAACAUGAACCAGCUCCGCGCGUUCCUGGGCGACAACCGCAUCACCGUCGCCUGCUUCGGCGCCCGGGAGGUCACGAGGAAGCUGGCCAAGGAGUGGGGGCUGCACGUGGCGUGGCCGGAGGAGCUCACGGAUCUGUUCGCGCUCGCGUACGGGAAGGUCGCCGGGGUGGAGCGCGAGGAGAGGCUGCUGGACGUGAAGAAGCCCGCCAGGUACUGGUUGGGGAAGGCGGCGCUCAAGAGGGAGAAGGCCAAGGCACAGCGGGACGAGUACGACACCGACGAGGAGGAGAGGCUCAACAACCUCGGCCGGACCUGGCGGCCGCCCAAGGUGGUGAGGGGCCUCAGCCUCGAGCGCAUGGCGCGGGUGGCGCUCGGGCCGGAGAUGCGCCUGGCGCGCUGCCCGGCGAAGGUGGCGCAGGCGGACUGGGGCAGCUACUACCUGGGCGAGGAGGAGUGGGCGUACGCGACCCGCGACGCGUACCUCUGCUUCGAGAUCGCGGCCCGCUGCCUCCAGAAGCUCUUCGACCCAAUCGGCGUCGUCGUAUCGUCGAGCGCCAAGCCAGCUGUUGCGGCGGUUGGUAUGGUGCGCCCCGCUGCCGUCCUGUCUUUGCUGCUGCGUUUAAUUUGCUCUGUCACGCACGUUUCUUGGUAUGAUCAUCCUUCAGUAUCAGUAUGAUGUAGCAAGGUAUCAGUAUCAGUAGUAGUGGCGUAUAUCUGCAAUGCAGAUGCAAAUGCUUGGCUUGAUAUGGUAGUACGUAGUAGUUGUAACAACGAAACAGUAUGCACUAUGCAGUGAUGGAAUCAUGUGCUUGAUGUGCACCUGAUGGCUGGUGACAUUUGGAAUGGAAAUGGACGACCAAUGCUUUGUUAGUGAUGAAGAUGUGGUUCAA